GUUCUAUUACCUAUUACAGACCAGCCAUGGUGAUGUUCGUAACAUUGAUAUUAUUCCUCUUGGGAUGGUUCCUGAUUAGCUUACACAGCCGAUAUGGAAAGCCUCCCGGACCGUAUGGAUUACCGUUUAUCGGCUACUUACCUUUCAUUGAUGCUCGCAAACCUUACGAAACAUUUGCUCGACUCGCUAAGCGGUAUGGUCAUAUUUAUGGCUUGUGGAUGGGGCAAGUAUAUGCCGUUGUAGUUACUGAUCCUGCUUUAAUUCGUACCAUUUUGGCACGAGAAGAAACUACCGGACGUGCUCCACUAUUUGUUACGCACGGUAUUAUGGGAGGCUAUGGACUAAUUUGUGCCCAAGGCGAUUUGUGGCGUGAUCAGCGUCGAUUAUCGAUCGAAUGGCUACGUCGCCUGGGUAUGAUCAAAUUUGGUGCAGCGCGUCUGGACCUAGAGCGUAGGAUUGUGUCUGGACUGAAUGAAUUGAUCGAGGAUAUCGACAGCAAAGCAGUUAGGGAGCAACACGGCUUUAACCCAUCCGCCGUCAUACAUCACACACUCGGCAACCUGUUAAAUGAUUUAGUAUUUGGUAUAAAAUAUAACAAGAACGAUGCCACAUGGCAAUAUUUACAACAUCUUCAAGAAGAAGGCGUCAAGCAUAUUGGAGUAUCGAUGGCUGUCAAUUUCUUGCCAGUGUUGAGAUAUUUGCCUUCCACACGAAAGACAAUACAUUUUCUUCUGGAGGGAAAAGCUAAAACGCACACGAUAUAUAAUACAAUAAUAGCUGAACAGCGCACCAAAAUGUGUUCUUCAAAUGCACCUUAUGAACAACAAGAAGAAUCCAUUUUAAACUGCUUCUUGAAAGAAGCCACGAAACGACAAGAAGCAGGCCGCCCGGACGCUACAUUUUGCGAUGACAUACAGCUGCGUCAUUUGAUGGCAGACCUAUUCGGAGCGGGUGUCGAUACAACAUUUACGACGAUUCGCUGGGCUUUGCUAUAUAUCGCCCUUUACCCAGCAGUUCAACAGCGCCUGCGAGAAGAGCUAAAACAAAGGUUGGUCGCGAAUGACUCACCUUCUUUGAACGAUGUGGAAGCACUGCCCUACUUACGUGCUACCAUUGCGGAAGUUCAACGCAUUCGUACCGUUGUACCAGUCGGCAUUCCACACGGCACCACAAAGGAAAUUACGGUUGCUGGUUUUAAGAUACCUGCAAAUACGAUGAUUAUGCCGUUGAUAUGGGCAGUACACAUGAACCCUACACUGUUCGAUGCGCCCAACAUCUUCAAACCGGAACGCUUUCUAGAUCCAGAAGGGCGUUUUACGACCCCGAGCUGCUUUCUCCCAUUUCAGGUUGGAAAGCGUAUGUGCCUGGGGGACGAGCUAGCCAGAAACAUUCUGCACUUGUACGUCGCACAUAUAGUGCACCAUUACGAUUGGUUUAGCAUUGCUCCCGAGGAUGCGACUACAAUCGAUUUGACGGGAGCGUGUGGCAUUACUUUAACGCCGCCAGAUUAUCGCAUCAUUUUCUCAAAAACAAAAAAACAGUAA